UGCCUGAAAACGCUAUCGACACAUCACUGUUGACGCAAGAGACGAAAACUACGGAGAUAAAGUCUAGUGAGAGGUGGAAGGCUCUCUCGCUCUACUCGGGCGACCUUGAGUGGGACCUGUGAACGGCAGGAUAAAAGGCAGCCGACUUCCUUUGAUAUCGACCCCAUCUGCACCUUGCGCAGAGAUGCCACUACCACGACUGUCCGCAAAUCCCACGCGGAUAAAGAACUUUAUCCAUGGAUUCCAAGGAUUUGUCAUAUUCAUCGCAUGGGCUAUGACCGUGGCCAUUUUCACAAGGACUGGUUCUAACGAUGGGAGGAUAGAUUGGUACUUUGCACUGUGUUGGGUUACGAUCCCCGCGUUGAUCUACUUGGUCGGUGUCCCGAUGUUUCCUCGUGCUCGGCGGUUCGGUAAUGUCUACGCCUUCGCGACGAUCGACUGCCUGUUCACCAUCCUAUGGUUCUCCGCCUGGGUAUGUACUGCUUCCUAUGUCGCUGAAGGGAAGUCCAAGGGCGAAUCGGACAGCAAGAAUAGCAAGGACAAAACCAAGGAAAACAAGACUGGUUGCGAUGCCUUUGCGUAUGGCAGCCCUGGCAAAUGCAAACUGGCCACGGGUACUACGAUCGUUGGUGUCGUUAUCUUCCUCGCCUUCGUCGGGACCAGUCUACUCUCUAUGCGAAAUGUUUCUCACUUCCGUCGCACGGGAACUAUGCCUGAUACUAUCUCGGAUCCGACAUUCGCUGCUCAGACCAAAGCGGCUUUCUCGUCGAAUCCUGCCCAUGACUUCGACGAGGAAGAGGACGAGUUCCGUUCUGGACGCGUCAAUGAUGCGGCGUCUAGUUCUCGUCUGGAUGGCGACGAGGACUAUGCCCUUCUGCAACAGAGUGAAAUAGAUGACCUCGGUUCGCAUGCUGGAGCUGGAGUCAGUGGAGCAUAUGACCCCACCGCUCCUGCUCCCGGAGGAGUGAUGCAUGAUUAUGACACGAGCUAUGGUGGUGCUUACGGACAGCAUUGGGCGCCUCCUGCAACUUCAGAAUACGGACACUGAUGUCUCCUUCGACAUGGCGAGAUGUCCGUUUCCCAGACGACUAUGAAGCGAUGUUUUCAACUAGUAUCUCCUUUUCUGGUUUCUCUCUAUAUCUCCUUGUUUACCUGUGAUCAAACUACGGCGGUGUAUGUACAACGGUCCAGUGUCAUAUUUGUUCUUGCAUGUUCUC